AUGGCUCUACAGGUUUUAAUGUCCUGCACCGGAUCUUUUGUUUUAGUAGAUGGCUUAGGCCCAGAUUUGGAUUUUUUGAAACACAUAGAAGAAAUAAGUGGAUUUUUAAUCAUAAUGAACUCCAGUGUUGAAGAAAUUCCUCUUUCGGGACUUAAAAUCAUUCGUGGCUUGGGCAGUGGUUAUAGUCUUCGUGAGGAUCUUCCAAAAGCAUCGCUUCUUAUUCGGAACACCUAUGAUUCUGGAAGGAUAUUAAGAAAAGUUGAUCUUGGAAAUCUUCGAGUAAUUCAAAAUGGUGAUGUCUAUGUGCUCGACAACCCGCAAGGAUGCAAUUUAACACCAGGAAUAUCGUGGAGUGACCUUUUUGCAAAUCCAGCCGUGCAGCACUUUCACAACUCCAUAAGCUCGGACCCGAAUGCAGAUGAUGCUUCCCAUGUGGAGUCCUGCCCACCUUUACCAGGACGACUGCAUCUGAAGCACUCGCACGCACACACCACCACUCCCAUGUUGCGCGCAUCCCUUCAUUCCCGAAAGUAUGUGCAUGCUUCGUGUGUGGCGGCAGACGGAGCUGCUGAGGGUCAAGCAUUUACGGCUGCAAUCCGUCCACCCGAUACGAAAAACCUCAAAGGUGUACGAGACAACAAAUCCAAACAGGCCCGAGGACGAUGCAAGAAACGCAACUGUGAGUGGUGCUACGAGACGAAAGGUGCGAGCAGUGAGGAGCACUGCUGCGACACCUCAUGUCUUGGGGGCUGCACAGGCCCCACAAACGCCGACUGCUUCGUUUGCAGAGGCCUCCGUGACGGGAACAGAUGCGUGGAUAAGUGUCCUCCACCGGCGACCGUGCAAAACUACCGACUGACACUAAACGUGAAUUUCAGCUACGAAUUCAACGGAUUUUGUGUCAAAGAAUGCCCGAAGUCGCUAUUAACUGAGGGGACCAAAUGUGUAAGCGAAUGCACUCCCGGUCACUACUACGUCUCGGGUCACUUCUGCAUCCCUUGUCACACAAACUGCCCAAAGGUUUGCUCCAUUGAGAAGUUUUCCAGUCUCGAUGCCACAACGCUGGCCAGCCUCGAAAACUGCACUACCCUCUCUGGCGAUCUAAUCAUUUCAGAGGAGUCCUACAAUUCUGAAUUGCCCGGAAGGAAACCUAUCACAACCACCGAGGAGUUGUGGGCGCUGCACUCACUGCAAGAGGUGACAGGUUUUGUUCAUCUGGACCUACGCAACCAUCCCGCGCCUUUAAAGAGCCUAAUCUUUUUAGAAAAUUUGCGUAAGAUCGGAGGAUCAAACUCGCGCUUCAGCAUGGCGGUAGCGCACGGGGAAAUCGAAUUCCCCGGUUUGCAUCGCCUUCGUGAGGCACCACAUGGAGCCAUCGCGUUCAUGGAAUCACCUGCACUUUGCUACGUACAGACCAUUGAGGCGAGAGGCGCCGUGUGUCACCCUGCCUGUGACUCCACCUUCGGUUGCUGGGGUCCGCGUCGUGAAGAUUGUCUGCUCUGCCGCAGUCAUUCGGUCCAGGGCUUCAUUUGCGUGGAGAGUUGCAUCGAGCUGCCCGGGUUCUUCGAGGCGUCACGCGAAAAUGUUAGCAUUAUACCAACAUUGCCACCUCAGAGCAACCCCAUGACCGCGCGGCUGCAAAUGGCCAGAAUGGCCGCAGGGCACAUCAUCGAGGAACAUAUAUACAGCCGAUACGGUGACUAUUCUGAGGAUGCAAAGGCUCCCAUCACUUGCGCUCGGUGCCACUCUGAGUGCGCAGAAACCUGUACCGGACCAGGCGCCGAUCAGUGCAUCGGUAGCUGCAAAAAUGCAAGGAGUGGCAAUGAAUGUGUUGUGGAGUGUCCUCACACCACCUUCUUAGAUACAGAAAGGCGGGAGUGCAUUCCUUGCCCCUCUCUGUGCCAUCAACGUAAGCUCAGCAGUAAACCUGUUUGUACUGGAAACGGCAUCUACCCCGGCCCCGGAGGAUGCAAUAAGUGUGAGAUGUUCCUCGAGUUCAUCUCCUUUGAUGGGCUUUUAAAAGACAACUCUGAUAGACUCUCCAAGAGUUCCAUGCGAACACAGCAUGGUGCAUUGUUGUGCAUGCGAGGUGCAUGUCCAAAGGGUACAUUCAGGACCAUGGAGACGGUAGAAUCGCAUUCGAGAUUCGCUCAAUUCGUUGAGGAAGGUGUGUACACGGUGCCCGUCUGUAGCACCUGUCACGUCCUCUGCCGUACCUGUACCGGCUACAGUGUGCUUCGUGCCACCAACACCACACCCGGUUGUCUGGAGUGCCAUGGCUUCUGGUUCAAAGACACAUGCGUCAAGGAAUGCCCUGAAGGCAAUAAAUUACCACCAGCAUUAUUUGCAACAUUAUCAGCCCCCAAUGAAAUAGUUUCAUCAACAUCGCUCGACAGCAGUGGUCUCUUUCUCCCUUUGAGGCUCUCCAGUCCUGUGCGAGGCGCGGACGCUUUCCCUAGGCCGCAUCUAUGGACACGCCAUCUGAACGGCCACUGCCUCCUCUGCCACCCGGAGUGUCUGGCUGGUUGUUGGGGUCCCUCGGCUUCUCACUGCCAUCGCUGCUCUCACGUCCGGGUGUGGCGAUCUGGUGGGCACCAGCUUCCUGGUGCUACUUGGCAUCCGCCGAAUGAUGUCGCAACCGUGUAUCUACUUAAUAAGGAAGCUUUUGAUCCACUUCAAUCUGAGCUGCGUGAGACCGAUUCCUCCCACAAGGUGACUUCAAUGUACUUCACGUGUGAGGCAGCGUGCCCCGAAGAGAUGCCCUACGUCUCGUACGACCCCCUCACGGGUGACAAGACUUGCCACAGCUCCGCCAACAUUGACUCAGCCUAUGCGGAUCGACGCCGCGGCGAGUUUGCCACCAUCUCCAGCCGUCUGACUGCAGGUCUUGUCGGCCCACUUGCAGCCUCUUUUCUCAUCUUUCUCAUCUGCAUUACACUUGCCUGCUACUACAAAGGGCGCCACAAACGAUCCAGUAAUUCGUUCACCGGAAAACCAAACGCUUUCAGCUUCUCACUCAUCAUUGAUAAGGUGCUGCGUCUCUACGAGGGGUCCAAAGCUGGUCACUCGUCUCGGAUCGUGACUUAUACGGUGGGGUCGGGCUCGGGAAUGGACCGAAGUGAGAUUAUUAGCAGCAAUGGCAGCAGUAGCGAGGCACAUGGACCAAGCCUUGAUACCGCGAGUAAUCGUGCCACAUGGUUCUCCGAGGGCUCCUUCUGUCAGUAUUGCCGCGACGGCAGCUGCAGUAACAGUUGCGACGGCGUCAAGUCACCGCCCUCGACUCGAGUUUAUCGCAGCAGUCACUGGUCCAAUCCAAUAUACCGCCGAUCGACACGUCAGCAGCCAAACAUGGGACGUUUAGUGCUUAUAAAUCUUGAUGAUGUCCUACUUCCACCCAACAAAGUGGCUCUGGGAAGUGGUGCUUUUGGAGCCGUCUACAAGGGCGUUUGGAGGAUUCCGCAUGAUAUAGAAGACAUCCACCUUCCCGCCUUCGAAGGGCGAGACCACCGCCGACAUGUCAAUGUCGCCGUCAAGAUUCUCAGCGAAGUAAAUGGACCCAGUGAUCUCCAUGCACUACUUGAAGAAGCAAAGGUCCUUAAGGUGAAUGGUGCGCUGAUUAGAGGAAUUAUAGAUGUGUUAAUCACAGAACUAUCGGAUGUAUUUCUUUCCGCUGCCUUAAAGGUGAUGUGCUCAGUGCGUCAUAGACACUGUCUCCAACUGCUUGGUGUGUGUCUGGCCGGAUCGCAGAGGUACCUUGUUUCGGAGUACAUAGCCAACGGCAGUUUGGAUGGCUAUAUUCGACGUUCGAGAAACGAUUUGCCACACUGGCUUUUGCUCCUAUGGGCGGAACAAAUUGCCGAGGGUAUGGCCUAUCUACAAUCUGUCGGGAUCAUCCAUCGUGAUCUGGCGACGAGGAAUGUAUUGGUGAAGGAACGUGAAUGGGUUCAAAUUACAGAUUUUGGUCUGGCAAAGAUGCUCAGUGGUGAAGAAGAGGAGAUCGGAGAGGUGAUAGUCCAAUCCGGUCGAGUGCCGAUCCGCUGGUUGGCUAUCGAAACUCUAACAAGUGGACGUUACUCCUUCAAAACGGACAUCUGGGCCUAUGGUGUGACUCUAUGGGAGAUAUUCACAUUUGGACAACGACCCUAUCCGACCAUAGAGACGAAGGACGUCAAACGCUACGUACUAACUGGCGGUCGACUUUUGCAGCCAGAUAUCUGCACUCUCGAGGCCUACCAACGACUGCUCCUGGCCUGUUGGCGGGAAAAUCCCGACGAGAGAGUGUCAUUUGAUGACAUACUUCAGCUUCUUCGAAGCAAAAUGGAUACGCCUGAAUACUUCUUACACAGCCGACAAACAAAUAGUGUGAUAAGCACGCAGACUCACACUACUCGUCUCUCUGGCGCUUACUCUGAGGCUGCGAGAAGAGAGCGAGACUCCGCCUCCAGUCCGCCCGAUGCACUUUCUACCGUCGCUUCCUCUUCCUUCUCUUCUUUCCCCUUUUCCAUGGCAACUGCAGCCUCCAGUGCCUGCCAGCGACAGCAGCGUAGCACUCUAUUCAGCCAGCUUCCACCGCGUUUCCCGCAAAAUCCUAUCGAAACACAGGAUAGCCUCCCAGACACAGUGGAGUACACCACCGCCACAAACAGCAGAAACAGCAGUAGUGAGGACAACAGCAGUGCUGAAGUUACUUUGGCGGUGGCAGAGCGCCAGGAAUCUCCAAUCCCAGCAGGCAGUGGGGGGUAUGUCUGGCCGGUGCCCUUCACGGAGCACGCCGAAGGUGUGACAGGUGGAGGCGAGUACGUAGGACCCCUUUUCCAGCGUUCUACUGAUGCCACUGACUUGUGA